ACCAAGAAAUCUAGUCAGUAUGUUUGGUAAUCAAAAUUAUCUGUCAUCGAACCGAAACUGUCGAAAUUCGAUUAAGAAAAUGGAUGAUGAAGAGAAUCAGUUUAUUGUCGAGGAUGUUAGUAAAUUGGUUAAAGAUACAAUAGAAAAUGUUUUGAGUGACGCAACUUAUGUACCGGAGAAAGUAAAUCAAUGGAGUGCUACUGUUUCAGAACAAUGUCUUUCGGCUCUAAGUAAAACGAAGAAGAUGUUUAAAUAUGUUGUGACUUGUUCGAUCAUGCAAAAAACUGGAGCCGGUUUGCAUACAGCUAGUUCUUGUUAUUGGGACAGCGCUACCGAUGGUACAUGUACCGUUAGAUGGGAAAAUAACACCAUGUACUGCGUAGUAACUGUUUUCGGUUUGGCUAUAUAAAUAAAAAAUUAUCUAUACUAGCAGUGGGGUGUCGAAUUUGGAAAAAAUUCAAAGUGAUGUCGUGUAAAAUCAGUUGGAUAUGACGUAAUAUAUUCUUAGUCUUUCAUUGAUUAAA